AUGUCUAUGUUAAUCAUGAAUAUCAUAGCAUAUAUUUGUAUUGUGUUAAAUGUGUUGGCAAUAUAUGGGUGCGUCAAUGCAGUGGACUAUUCCCAUACCAAAGUCGUGGCGUGCGAUACGUUGAUUGCCGAGGAUGUGGUCCAGUGUUUAAGGGACAAUCUGCCCCAAGACCUAGAUGCUUCAAAAGUGAUCGAGUAUGGCUGCUGUAUGAUGUAUCAUAAUCACCAGUGUACUGUCAAAUCUGCCAAGGUUAAAUGUAGUCGUGAAGAUUAUUUGCUGAAGAAGAGCCAAGAAAACGAGAAACGAGAUAAUAGUUUUGAAGAGUGCAGAGAACACCAACAAUGUAACAACGGAUCCCCGAUUUUGUUUAGCACGUUGCUCACCGCACCGACCAUAGCGUUAGAUGUCACUAAGGUAGAGCUUUAG